AUGGCGGCUACAAGAUUGUUGAAUUUUUGCAAGAAUUUUACUCGUUCUCUCUCAGCAGUGCGACUACCAAAGGCAGUACCAGAGCAGUUUUUAUUCUCCUCACAGACUCCAGUACACCAACCAAGCUUUCAACGCUUAUUUUCAGGAUCUUGCCUGUAUUCAAGGAUCGUGAUACCACAGCAUUUCCGCCAGCCAUGUACAGUCACCCAACAAAGACAUAUAACCUUAUUAACAACAUUUAACGUAGUUGAUAACAGCGCACUCGGACAACGAACGAAACGCAACCGAAAACCGUAUUUGAUUGGAUUCUACAGAAAACGAAAAACAGCAGACAUUGGUGAUGUCAUCAGGGUUGCUGUCGGAGGCAAAACAAAUAAGGCUAUUGUCGUGGGAACGAGGAAAACGAAACAUCAUACGGUCCCAAGAUAUGAUAACAAUAAUAUUGUAUUAGUAGAUGAUAACCUUGCUCCAUUGGGCACAAGAAUAAAAGGCCCGAUACCUAGCAUCAUAAGAAGACGGCAAGCAAAGUACUCUAAAGUAUUAGCUAUAGCAUCUAGAUUUAUUUGAUACGUUUUGUUUGUACAAUAUUCUGGACAAUAAACAAGUAUUGGACGAGGUUAA